AGAGGCUGCUUUCUGCAUCACACCACUCUAUCCCUCAUUUACAUUCCAGACGCCCGCUCCUCUCCGGAGAGCUCCCUUCUCUGUUUGAAAUGCCAAUCACCGCUGGCCGUACCUUCAUCCUCGAUCAUGCACACUUCCUGCGAAUGUGAGGGAGCUGGGAGCCCGACACGUGCUGAGGAGAUUCCCCACUUUUCGUCCGAGCGACGACUGAAGUUGCUGCACAGAUAUCCGACUCUGGAAUUCGUCCUUUUUGAGAUGUAUAGGAAUAAUUGACUGGACUACUGAAGGAUUUCCCAUUACUUUUCUGUGUGGACGUCCUGUGCCGGCAACUGGCCGCUCAGCUGUGCUUUGUCCCGGUAAGACGGGACUGAUAGAGGAGGGUGUGUGUGUACGUCCUGUACCGCUGCUGUUUCCUCCGGAGUUUAAGCUUGACUCACUACCUUCUGCCACCGGUUAGACUCUCCGUAGGAUUCUGUCAUCGCUCGUGUGUAUAUAAAGGAUUUCUGCAGAGCGGCGGCUCAUGUUGCUGCUGAUAUGCCAGGCACCUGGCAUGGACGCCUUCCCCGUGUCUAUCAAGGGCAGCCUUACCGCGGCCAGCAUUUGCUGAGCUCGGCCCCCAAGGAACUAUCAGCUUAACUGUGCACCCUCAACAAGAUGAACGGAACUGAGCUGAACCAAACCACAGAACCCUUCUGCCUGCUGAACAUUGGCUACUCCCAUAUCUUCAACACCUGUCUGCUGGAAUUAGCAGUUAUUCUCUUUUUGACAGUGCUCAUCAUCUCCGGGAACUUGGUGGUUAUGUUUGUAUUCCAUUGCGCUCCGUUGCUCAGCCAUCAUACCACUAGCUCCUUCAUACAGACGAUGGCGUACGCAGACUUUCUGGUCGGGGUCAGCUGUCUCAUCCCUUCACUGUCUCUCCUGUACCACCUGGAGGGUUUGAACGAGGAACUCACCUGCAUGGUCUUUAGCUACAUGGUCUGCGUUUUGAAGAGCGUCUCCAUGACCUCACUGGCAUGCAUCAGUGUCGACCGUUAUGUUGCCAUCACCCGGCCUCUUUCCUACGCAGCUCUGGUCACGCCUUGCCGACUUCGCACCUGCAUUGCCCUCAUUUGGCUAUACUCCGCGCUCAUCUUUUUGCCUACUUUUUUUGGUUGGGGCAAGCCGGGAUACCACGGCGAUGUCUUCAGGUGGUGUUCCUCCUGGGACACUCAGCCCCUCUUUACCGCCUUUAUUGUCGCAGCCCUCUACGCACCGGCUGCUUUUACCGUUUGCUUCACCUACGCUCACAUCUUCCGGAUCUGUCGGCAGCAUACUCGGCAAAUUAGUGAGCGGAGAGCACGCUUCGGCCCGCAGGAGCCUGAGCCGGGUGAGCAAGCAUGUACGGACAAACGCUACGCUACCGUACUCUUCCGCAUCACCAGUGUGUUCUAUCUGCUUUGGCUACCCUACAUCAUCUACUUUUUGUUGGAGAGCGCUGGGAUAUACCACAAUGCCGUUGCAUCUUUUCUGACCACAUGGCUGGCCAUCAGCAACAGUUUUUGCAACUGCCUCAUCUACAGCCUGUCCAACAGCGCCUUCCGCAAGGGCCUCAAGCGCCUCUGUCUUCUUUGCCUGCAACGUAGGGACACCAAGAAGCCCCUGGGAGAUCCACAGGGCCUUCAGCGCCCUGCCUGCCAUGUGUAGUUCUUUCUGUUGGCAAGAGAAGUGAUGGCAAGUGUUUUGUCAAGUUUAAACGGAUACUGAAGAUUUGUAUCUGCAUCCGUAUACCGUCCCGGUUUGUCAGGGCGUUUUGAAAGGGGCAAGACCACGAGUUUGGUUUGCCUGUAUGUUGUAGGAUAACAUUCGAGGGAGAAGCCGACCGCUGGCCUGGGUAACUGGAGAAAAAAGUGGACAGUUAUGUUAAAGUGGGCUGCUAUUAUUGUUCCAGAGCUGUCAGGAGUUGCGUUGAUGAUAGGAUAUGUGAUGUGAAAGGAUCUCAUUCCAUGAGACAUAAUUGUGUUUUAAAACAUUUGCAGAUUACAAUAAAGUAAAUUAUGUUGAAAAGAAGUUACAUUUAGGCCACAGUGCUGUUUUAGAGACUGGAUAAAGUUGAGCUCAUGACUUUCCAGUUUAACGUAUCUGAUCUGUAGAUUCUGUGGUGUGAUUUUAUCGGCCUUUGUGCACUGUUGACUUUUAGUUAUGCCUACGUGGUCAGCACAGGGGGAAUGAAUAGCUUGUGUUUUCCCUCCCAGCUAUUUAAAUGCAGGUACAAAGAAUGAGUCCUGCUAGACUAGAACCGUGAAUAUUAUUUGCAAAAUGUUAAAAAUCUUCCAUACACUGCAUAUGAAUCCCAGCUUUCGACCUGGAUUCAGACUCUUUAAAUGACUCUUUUUUUAUAAUACACCCAAAUUUCUUUACACGCAAUUUCUGAGGAUUAUCUGAUCAAAUCCCUGCUCCCAGUGGAGGAAUGUGUUUGUUAGAUCAGCAGUGAUUUUUGUCUCGGGGCCAGCUAUGAGUCUUGACCUUCACCCAUCCGAAUUAGCAUUUCUUAAAAGCUCUUUUCCCAAAGAACUGAAUUCUACCCUUCAGCGAUGUCGCAAUGACAUGGCCUUCCCGUUUUCUGCUUGUUUAAUGCCAUGGAGGGAUUACAUAACCAUGACGCUGGUCAGAGGAGAUCAUUCUUAAAAACCACGUUAAAACAACAGCCAACAGAUGCCCCAUUCUGCCUGACGUCUUAUCAAGCCUUGAAUGGGCUGGAGAUGAACUUUCUUGCUAAAAGAUAAAAAGUCCUUUGAGGAUUGUGGGGGAUUUGUCUUGGAUCUCAGUAUGAUUCUUAUGCCUACUGGAUGAAGUGACUUUUUGACAUGACCUCUGCCCUGAAAUGUCCGUCCUGUAGAAAUAUCUGCCCGUGCUUAGUUUACUCGCAUGGGUUGUAGGGAGUUUUAGAGGAUUGGGUAACAUCUGUGCAAACGCAUUAAGAGAAUCUCACUUAAAAUGUCACAUUAUGUAGAUCAGCACACCACGCAAUCCACAUGAUGACAGCUGUCAACAGACCCUUAAGAUGCUCAGCUCUGCAGGGUUCAAAGUUGCUUGGAACGGUUCUCAAGGUGGAUUUGGACGAUUCAUGCGCCAGGGUGAAAACUACUGUCGGAGAGGUCAACGUUUCUUGCAUGUACAUAGUUUUUAAAGACAGCUUAGCAAAAAAGACUCUUAUUGCGCUGUGGUAUUUAUGUCUAUAACACUUAAAAAAAGACAUUCUGUGUAUAACGCACGUGUUGAGGUGCCAAGAAAAUAGAGGGCAAAUUAUGCUCUUUUUCAUUCUUUGACUGUGAUUAUGAAUUACAUUUUUGGACGGUACUGUUAAAUAUCGGUUCUUAUGCACAGAUAGCUUUGUUCUUAUAGCUGACCAAAGUAACAAUAUUUAUGUUUUUAAUCAUUCUUUUUAUUUUUAAACCUAUACCGGAACCACACCAUCAAAAUACUUGUUUUGAAAAUUCAGAUAGAUUUCAUUGUAUUUCAUGUAAUUAUAUUCAUGGGGACGACCUUUAACGUCCCUUCAAAUGAACAUUGGCGAGGGUUGUGUGUUGUAUCCCAAAAUAGAAGAGUUUUGUAAGACACCAUGAGAGAAAGGACCUAAUUUCAUCACUCCAUUUACUGUAAAAAUUAUCUAUUUUUAUGCUAAUGACUGAAUUGCCCAUAGGCUUGUCUGUGUCUUUUAUGAAGUGUUGAGCCUUUGAUAAGUUACGUGAUGAUAGUCAAAACCGCUUCUUAGCUGUUGUGUCGUGACAGGGCGCUGUGCAAUACUACCAUUGAUUAGAGAGAAAACAUAUCGCACACGAUAGAAAAAAGGGCUUUUAUGUUCUCUAAGUGUCCAAGCUGUGUGCUGUAAUGUAGAUCUUGAUCUGACGGCCUCUGGCCCUGCACUGUUUUUAAACUCGAGCUGAAAGAUUUUGUGUUUCACGGUUAGCUCAGUUCAUCCAUUCUGACGCCGCUCUGGACUACUUGAAGCAUAGAGGAUCUUCUCAUUUGCUUUACUCAUCAAAAAUAUUCAGAAUAAAUGCCCAAGAUUUGGAUGGCCAUGCUUUAAUGGCUGUUUCCAAAAUGGUGUACUAGAGAUGUUAAAAACAAUUUAUUUCCAAAUAGUCUGUAGAUUGAAGGGCUAGUCUGGUUUUGGGUUCACCUGACCCCAAUCGGACAUGUUUUUUUGUUCAACAACAGUGAUGGAGCACAACAGAAUUGAACCGAAUGCAGGGGUCAAAGUUUGAAAAAAAAUCAUGACAAAAAUAACCCCUUUUGUCUGGGUGUGUGACUGUGGGUGGUUUAAAAUUGGAUGAAUUUACACAAUUCAAAAGGUUUUUAUAUGCGAAAUGUCUGAUAGCUAAAGCACACAACUGUCAGCAUGCUAUUGAAGCACUGCCACUAAAGAUGCAAAAAAAUACAAAUAAUUAUUAUUAAUGAUUAAAUCUUAAUCUCUACGUAAUGAUGUAUAUAACAGAAGUUCAUAUAUUACAAAGUUUCAAAUGGUGGAAUUUUACAAGACUGUUAUUCUAAUUUCAUUCCCAUUUGACCUCUUAAAGAGAUCGUUGACCCAAAAACAAUAUUCUUUUAUCAUUUAUUCACCCAUUUGUCAUUGUCAAACCUGUUUCACCUUCUUUCUUUUGUAGAACACAGCAGAACAUUGUCCCCCAUUGACUUCAAUUGUAUGAACACAACCCACAGACUCACCUUGUUUUGUGUUCCACAGAAGAAAGAGUCGUAUCAAAGAUAUUGAUAUUAACUAGAUGCGCCAUUGACGUUAUAUUGAAUGGUGCGGAAUUCAACGCUCAAUAUGGCCGUUCUAGUGAAGGAAGUCCCACCUUCCAGUAAAAUGACCCAAUCGUCAAUCGAUAAUGACUAAUUAUUGAUCGUGAUCGGAAAAAUGCUUUUUAAUUGUGAAAUAUCUGCCUUAUACCAUUCAAGUAGAUAGGACUGUGGACUUGCUAUGACGUAAAUAGAUGGCCGCCCAUUGGAACGACUUCCGUAAACGGACUUUGGUCAUAUACAGGUCUUGAACGACAUGAGGGUGAAUAAAUGACAUACAUUUUAUUUUGUGCUUUCCAUAAAAUAUUAUGUGCGUUCUAUAACAUAUUGCGACUGUUGUUGGAUUUUCUGCUUAAAUUGCAAAAAACAGUUUCUUGCGGCAUGCUUAUCAGUGCAUUGUCAUAUUCUGUAGAUAAUGUAUCUUGCAUAUGCGUUUAAAGGAUGUAGCAAGUGGAUUUGUAAUGAUUUUUAUUAAUACAGAUUCUAUUGUGUUGUUUUUUUUGGAAUGGAUAUGGAUUAUGAGACUCAAAGGAGUGUCAGCAUUGCAUGUUUCACGUCAUAAUGGAUGGUACUUGUGUCAUGGCUAAAAGGAGGGUAAAGGUUUUGAAUGUUAUUUGAUUCGUAGAACUCUGAUGCCAGAGAGCUUUUUGUAUGUUUUUUGUUCUCUCUAUGAUGCCAAGGCGUUUUUUUUCUUUCCUGUGGGAAACUGGUUAUGUUCUUGAUGUCAAGGUCAAGGCCUAUUGCUCUCAAGAGAAUCAAUCUCCCAUGAUGAUGUUGCUCUCUGCUGUGCCAUAUUAGGAUGCCGGACCCAAGCGGUCCACUGCCAUCGCAGAAAAUGGAGGGCUGAGCUGAAACAGUGUGUGUUUGCUUUCGACUGAACUCACACCCCUCUGUGCACACAAACACACAGCUCUUGAUUGUAACAGGCAUCUAUGUUGAAUUUAUUCAUGCAUGUUCUAGCAAUCGGUUAACUCGCCCGGCUCUUUAAUGACUUUCUUAUGAUCUUGGCCUUGUAAGUGGAAAUGAUUUGUAUUUGAUUAACUGGAGAGAAUUUUUUUUUUGGCCUUCAAUCCUUUAACUUAAGUGUCCUGAAUUGUAUUUCGCUUCCUCUUCUUAUCCUAAGUGAACGUUUCUCACAAGGGUAUGAAAACACUGCUUGGUGUUGAUGAUUAACACUGUUUUGGACGGAAGUUGCUGGGCUGAAAGAAGAUUCUGCUCCUUUUUUGUUGCAAAUUAACAAUCUGGUGUGUUGUAUGGUUGUAGCUGAGGUACUGGUGUAGUGUACCGCACAUUUUGUAAAGAUGUCAUGUUUUAGAAAAUAAUUGUCAUAAAUAACAUAUUUAUAUUCUGGUAUAUCUGCACUGAGGAAAUAAAUGUGAUCUCAAUG